UUUACAUUAGUCAAAUCAAGCGGAGUUCUCUUUUAGGUGGUAUUUGGAAACUGUGUGAUUGAUUUAUACAGAAUAACGUGUAUUGUAAAAAGUAUUUUCAAGCAAACAAGGAACUAUAUCGAUAAUUCACGUUGUAUAAUUGAUUUCAAUUUAUUGAAGGAAGUGUCAAAGCAAUUUGUGUAAAUAUGCCGUAGAUCACGAAACUUUUAUCGUGUGUACACGUGCAUAUAAAGAAUCAAUUUGCAAUAUAAAUAACUAAUAGAUAUGUGAUAUUUUGUAUAGUGUAAUAAAAUAAAACGAUGAAUCCGAUGAAGAGUAACGGUGAAAGUGGUAAUGGACUGGAGGAUCUUGGUAUACCUGGGCCAGUGUUUUUAAGAGAUGCUUUAACAAGUUGUACAGAUCCGCUGAAAGCCAUCGAGGAAUUUCAACUAGAAAAUGGCAUAUUAUUACCAUCGUUGAGACCUAUGUUACCUCUGCUUGAUUUACAUGGAGUUAGAAGAUUAGAUUUUCAUGCUUCUGUUCUUGAGGAGUUACGAGAGAAACUUAUCAAACAAAUUAAUGAAAUUGGUGUGGAAAGAGCCGAUAAAGGUUCCUCUGGCGAUAGAAGAUUAAAGGAAUUAUUAUCUAAAAGUUUUCCUGCUGUAAGAGUCACUGGCUUGCGACCUGUUGUCAUGUGUAUCUUAAGGAAUACUCCGCACAUUGAAGAGAAAUAUUUGCGAGUGUUAGUAGGAGAGAAGGAACUGUAUAAUGAUGCCGAUACAGAAGUAAAACGCCAAAUAUGGAAAGAUAAUCAAAGUCUUUUUGGAGAUGAAGUUUCUCCAUUAUUUAGUCGUUAUAUUAUUGAAAAAGAACAGAUCUUAUUUGAUCACCGCAACUUGAACAGUUUAUUUUUUACACCCUCUCCCAAGGUGAGGAGGCAGGGAGAAGUUGUACAAAAGUUAGCCCACAUGAUUGGGCAUAGUGUGAAAUUAUAUGACAUGGUAUUGCAAUUUUUAAGGACUUUAUUUCUACGUACUAAAAACAUUCAUUAUUGUACUCUAAGAGCAGAACUACUCAUGGCAUUACAUGAUUUAGAGGUGCAAGAUAUUAUUUCUGUAGAUCCUUGUCACAAGUUUACUUGGUGUCUGGAUGCAUGCAUUAGAGAAAAGAAUGUAGAUGUUAAAAGAUCUCGUGAGUUACAAGGUUUUCUGGACAGUAUUAAGAGAGGGCAGGAGCAGGUGUUGGGAGAUCUAAGUAUGACUUUGUGUGAUCCCUAUGCGGUAAACUUUCUUGCUAGUAGUGCAAUCAAAAUAGCUCUUCAUUUGAUAAAUAGCGAGGCGUUACCUAGAGAAAAUGCAGUGCUUGUAUUAUUAUUAAGAAUGCUUGCACUAGGAUUGUCUGCUUGGCAGAUGAUUGAUUCGCAAGAUUUUAAGGAGCCAAAACUGGACAUUCAAGUUGUUACAAAGUUUCUGCCAGCACUUAUGUCACUUAUGGUUGAUGAUCAAAUAAGACAAUUGAAUUGUAAACUUCCACCUGAUGAGAGAGAAAGUGCUAUCGCUAUUAUCGAGCAUUCUGGACCACCCCCUGAUGCAUGCCAAGCAUAUGCUCAGUUGUCUGGAGUAGCAGCAGUUCUAUCAAUGUACUAUGCAUUACAUGUUGGAGGGGGCGGUGGAGUUGGAAGAGGUAGAGGGGAUGCUAGAGGUUUAAUGAGAGUGUUAGCAACACUUCCAAACUGUCAAGCGCAACGAGCUUUUGAAGAUCCAUUUUUACACACAUUGGUUUCAUUAUUAAUACUAAAUAUGGCUGAUGAAUUCUCAAAUGAGUCCUUCUGUACAGUAAUUUUCGACGAAUUUUUUCUGGCUGGUUUAGGUAGAGAUAAUGUUACACGGCACUUGUUAAAAUUACUUUGGUAUAUACAUCCUAAAUUGCCAUCUGCACGUUUACAUUCAUUAUUGAAAGCCUUACAACCAACAAGUCAGCAUAACGAAGCAGUCCACAAUCUUUAUGAAUCUUUACGUGAUAAAGUUGGUAGUCAUUCUACAGAAGAUCAAUUAGCAUCAACAGCUCAAAUGGAUACAUUAGGUCUUGACUGUUCUUCUCCUACUCUUACUGGCAUACCAACAUCGAGUACAUGCCCUCUUUAG